GUUCUUGUGACAUCGCUUCCAUCUCAACCACUUCCCUUGCCAUUCGCUUGAACCCAUUCGAUACCCAACCCUCAGCCCCUCUCAUCAGCGUCGCCCACCAUGACACUGGUCGAAGGCGACGACAUGCAUCGCCUCUGGUCGCUCAUAGUCGACCUAAGCGCCCAACUCAACAUGAAUCGCCAACAAAUCACCUCGCUUCAAUCCCAACUCCAAACACUCAAGGCGCACUCUGUCCAUUCAAAUACGGGCUUUGCAUUGCGACGCUUCAACGUUGACGUCUCGAAGGAGACGUUUGAGAGCGAGCUGGAGAGGCUCAAUGUGCAUCUGGCCCAGGAGAACAACGACUUGCGGUGGGAGAAUAAGAUGAAUGAUCGCCUGAUCAAAGAGUACGAACAGUGCUUGGACAUGGUCAUGAGGAAGUUCAGAGCGUUUAGCCACGCGACACAAACCCACACCCUCAAGCUGACCCAAUACUACGAGGAUCUCCUCUCCUCCAACACACACGACGUAGCAGCCGUCUCACUGCACGCGCAGACGUCCCUCUCUCAGACCCUCUCCAACCUAGGCAGUCUAGUCCGCAACGCCCUGCGCGAAGUAGAGGGCGAGGCUCCCUCCCCACCACCCACCAUCGGUGGUCACGACGACGAAGAUGACGCUGGCGCAAAUGUCGGAGAAGGCUCCUCGGCUACAGCUUCUUCGUCAUCGAGGAAAAGGCAGCAAUCAAGCCAGCAGGCUCAGCAACUCUGGCCAGGCUCGGGCGGAUACACAGGCAAAGCAGGCGAUCUCGCAGCUCAGCGAUCGGACGCUGCACUGGAGCGUGAGGCGGAGCUGCAGAUGCUGCGAUACGAGAACGAGACAUUGAAGGAGAUUCUGGACAUGUCCGAGGGAAAAGGGCUGGAUGUCGGCGCUGGGAAGGAUAAGCUGAGCUUGGGCACGCCGAGGGGUGGAGGCAGCGGGGGCAGCGUGUCUGGCGGUGUAGGAGCGGCAGGAAGGGUCAAGGUCAGGACCCCUUCGAUGCAUCAGCCUGGCGGGGCAGCCGGGCAGAUGCAGCUUCCGGGGAUCGGGAUCGGCCAGCUUUACCCCCCUCCCCAGCAGCAGUCACAAGGCGGCGAUUCCCAGCAGUCAACAGGCUACACAGCACGCCCCCCUCCCUCCCUCUCGACGGCAGACAUACCCGCGGCUCCCUUCCCCUCGUCCAUCUCCGCCCCACUCUCCCACCCGGUCCCACCGCCCACGCCUCCCUCACCUUCGUCGACUGGUGGCGGAGCAGGUGUCGCCAGAAUCCCCCUCCACGAGCGUAUGCAGCAAGCCGCAGAGGCAAUCAGGAGCCAGGCGCAGCAGCAGCAGCGAGACAAUGCUCCCUCGGCAUCGAGCUCAGCCUCGCCGUACAUUGUACCGGAUCGAGGUGCAACGACCCAGGUCUCGCUCCCCUCCUCCUCCUUAUCCUCCGCUACAACUACUACGUCGGCCGAGGCCGCUCCAACGACAGCUGUAGCGACAGAAAGCGAGACUCUCGUCCCAGCACCGGUCGAAUCUGCGUCCGCGCAGUCGGACGUCAGGGGAGCACCUUUGCUCUCCCUGGUGGAGUCGACUGCAGAGACUCCGGCAACGUCGUCCGCAGCUGAGGAUAUGGCUGAAGAGCCCGAGAUCAGCCCUGCUGAUGUUGGCGCUGUCGAGCCUUUGAAGCAUGAAGAGACGGCUGAGGGAGAGAGCGCGGGACAGACGGAGGGUCAAGUUGCGCCUGACGCAGACACUGCGACAGGGGCGAGCAACGCUGCGGGCGCUGCGGACGAGGAGGCUCCUGCUGAGCAUGAUGUUGAUCUCAGCGACCCGGUUACGAAGACGGAGGCCGAGACAGAGGAGGACGUUGCAGCUCCGAUUACUGAGCCGACUGAUGAGGAAGCAGAAAGCGUGCCGGCGGCGGCGACAGAGACAACAGCAGCGUCUUCAUCGCCAUCAUCGGACGGCAGUGCCUCUACCGUAGCUACGGAGGCAAGCGCUGGCGAGGAUGGAGCAGCAGUGGAGCCUGAGACGAAGGAGACAGCUGGCUCUGCUGAUGCUGUUGGGGGCGAGGGCGAGGGCAAGGGCGAGGAGGAAUAGGAGGUAAAAGUUCACGGCGCUCUGCGGCCUCGUCGAUCUCCCAUGCCUUUGCUAUUCAAUGCUCAUCCCCUGCCGC